AGUGUUUACUGGAAGCAAGCUAUGAAAAAUGAAGUGAAAUGAAGUCACUACAAGAGAAUCAGACAUGGGAACUGAUUACUUUACCAAAACGAGCAAGAGCUAUACCAUGUAAGUGGGUUUUUCGUGUGAAGACUAAUCCUGAUGGAAGUGUUGAGAAAUAUAAAGCAAGACUUGUCAUCAAGGGAUUUAAUUUACGCUACGGUGUAAACAAAAUUGAGACCUUCCAUCCAGUAGCUAAACUGAGCACAAUUCGUUCAAUGUUAAGUGUUGCUGCAGCUGAAAAGAUGCAUCUAAUACAGUUUGACGUGUCUACAGCAUUCUUGUAUGGGGAACUAGAAGAGUUUGCAAACUAAGGCAAAGUUUGUAUGGACUUAAACAAGCCCCAAGAUGUUGGAGUAAACGGUUUGGAGCAUUUCUCAUGUCAGCAGGUUUCAAGGCAAGUGAUACAGAUCCUUGUUUACAUAUCAGAGAAGAAGGUGGUAACAAACUGUUAGUUGCUCUUUGUGUAGACGAUGGGUUAGUUAUGGCAAGUGAUCAGCUGGAUGCCACAAAGAUCACUGUGAAACCAGCAUCAUAUUUUCUUGGACUUGAGAUAAAACGCUUUGAUGAUGGUGCAAUCAAGACAAGUCAACAAGCCUAUGCAAAGAAGAUUCUGGAGCGUUUCAGUUUUCAAGAGUGCAAACCUGUCUCAAUAUCAUUUGUAAAGGAACCAGAUACAUUACAGGUAGAAGGAAAGAUGCAGAGAAGUGUCACUUUCCCUAUCGGCAAGCACUGAUGUACCUGAUGCUUGGAAUGAGACCUGACCUGGCUUAUAGUGUGAGCUUCCUGUCCCAAACUCUUGACAUCAACAGAAGAUGUAGUGUGACUAAAGCGAGUACUCCGGUAUGUAGCAGGUACAUGUGACCUGGGCAGAAUCUAUCGUCCAAAUAUGUGUAGUGGCAUAUUAGAUUGCUACAGGGAUGCAGACUUUGGAGGGUGCAACAAAACUGGACAGUCAACACCUGGUGUACUUAUUACAUAUGCAGGUGGAGCUAUCUCCUGGCUCAGCCAAAGAUAGGCAGUGACUGCAACAUCUACAACAGAAGCAGAGCUGGUAGCUGCAACAGAAUCUGUGAAGGAGAUAAUCUAUCUGUGUAGACUUUUUAGAGGAAUGAGAAAGCUGAGUGAAGUUCCAGUCCUUAUGGUCGACAAUCAGGCAACAGUGAAACCUGCACAAAACCCCGAGUUCCAUCAUCACACUAAGCAUAUAAAAAUAAAGUAUUUCUUCGUCCAAGAAAAGGUAUUGGAAGGAGACUUAGGCAUUCAACAUAUGUCAACUGAGGACCAGUUACCAGUAUACUGACGAAACCGCUGGCAAAACCAACACUGUUAGAUUAAUGUCAUAACAUGGGUCUUUCAUGUUGAUGUGUUCCCUUUUUUUCUUAAUUAAAUAAGGGAAAGUGUUACAGUUAUAAGUGUUUGUACUUAAUUAAGUGGCAGACAAAAGUUGGCAGCACUUCUGCUCUAGAGUCUUUGGAGAGACAAGUACUAGAAACUAGGUCUUUGACGAUGUGUGUCUUUGUGUGGCGGUACAAUGUGAAAUAAACGUAAUGUUCAGUGAAGUAGACAGAUUCUUUUUAAACCUAAAACAAGUAAAAGUAACAAUCACUACCGCUCUUUCCUUAUCAGCCGUUUUUAUACAAUUAAAAUAGAACACUAAAUUAAACAAGUUACUGAAAUAGUUUUUAAAUAUAUCUAACUGAUGAGUUUAGCAACGCCAACUCUGGGUCCAUUCAGUACUAUUUGGUAUUGUGUGGUAUGUCGCCUGCUGCAGCACACCAAACACAGGAUUGGUCCAAUUUUCAA